UUGCUAGUAGUAACUGGUGUGGUUGCAGAGCUCGAAGAAAAGUGGCUUCUGAGUAGUGGGCAAAUGUUUUCCAGCUCUAUGUGUGAUGCGGCGGCGGUUGUCAGGGAAAUUGGUCACUGAGCAAAUAGUUCGUAGCAGAAGUUUUCCGAAUCGAUUUAAUUAUUUGGUGUGUACCAACGAAAAAACAAUAUGCUGCUGAGCUUGUUUGAUCGUUAACUAUUUAUCAGUGGUGAAUGUUUGAUUGUGUGUGAAAAGGAUUUCACUCACCAUAAGACCUAAUAGCCCAGUAAUCUUUCAUCUUUGUAAAAAAAAUGCAAUUAACAGUGGCUCGUUACUGCCGGUCUAUCAAAAGCUAUUAAGUGAGUUAUCAGGAAGAGAGAAAAAAUUGAUGUAGUCAAUGCAAAAUCACAUCAAAGAACAGUAAGAAAGUUCAGCUCGGGUGUGGUAAUUAACAUUGUCCGAUGGUAGAAGAGUUUAAUAACAGCAGUGUAGCAGUCGAAGAAUUUAAAUCAACCUCAAAAUGGCAUCCCAAGCCAAUAUACCCACUAGUUCCGGAAGUAAUUCCUCGUUUACUAAUGCCCACACUGAUGAACGUUUAAUGGUCGCCGUAAGAAUCCGUCCUUUGAGCGACAGCAACGAACCCAACUGCAUACAGGUCCACUCGAAGCGGACAUUACUUUUCGACGAGGGCAACCGCAACAAGCCCAAAAAGUACAACUACGAUUACGUCUUCAGUGAAAGCUCGACGCAAGAAGAGGUGUACAAAACAACGACGGCACCGCUCGUGCAGGAUGUCCUUAACGGUUACAAUGCGGCGGUGUUUGCCUACGGCGCUACCGGAUCCGGUAAAACGCACACCAUGCUGGGGCCUAAUCCGAAAAAAGGUGACCAGGUGGUGGACGGCAAAACUCAGGAAAGCGGACUGAUGAUAAAGGCGGUGGCGGAUAUUUUUAAAUUCAUUGAGGAAUCGGAGAAUGCCGAUAAGUUUAAGAUAACCAUAUCAUACCUGGAAAUUUACAAUGAGCUAAUCCGGGACCUAUUGAAUCCCGGUGGACCACUGGAAUUACGAGAGGACAACAAAGGCAAUCAGCUGGUAACCGGUCUUUCGGAAAUUUCAACAACCUCCAAACCGGAAGUGAUCCAACUUCUGAUCAAGGGAAACAAAGCUCGUACGGUGGAACCAACGGCCGCCAAUCAGACAUCAUCCCGAAGCCACGCGCUGUUAAGCAUCACGGUACUUAACAAAACAUCGAUCGGGACCAAGCAGGGACGCUUGUUCCUCACCGAUUUAGCCGGAUCGGAGCGAGCUCGAAAAACGAAAAAUCGUGGCAAACGUCUGCAGGAGGGCGCGCAUAUAAAUCGCAGUCUGUUGGCGUUGGGAAACUGUAUUAAUGCCCUGGCCGGUGGGGCCCGAUAUGUUAACUACAGAGACUCAAAACUAACUCGGCUUUUGAAGGAGGCUCUCAGUGGCCGCUGUAAGACGGUCAUGAUAGCCCAUGUUGCCCCCGAUGGGAAGCAUAGGGAUGAAACGAAAAAUACGCUGGUGUACGCGGAUAGGGCUAAUCAUAUCACGACGAGACUCCAGAAUCCCACUAUUUUAGAGGAAAAUCGGGAACUCCCGAUGGCUCACUAUCAAUCGCUGGUUUCCGAGUUGCGCGAAGAGGUAAGCCGACUGAGGGAGAAAAUGCUGUCGGAUCGACCACGAAGUGGUGCCGCCCAGCGGCAACAGCAUCAAGGUUUCACCGGUAGUAGCGACGAGGAACAAAUGAAAAAGGUCGAACUGAAGUACUUGCGAGAACAGAUUGUCCACACGUUUAAGCAGCAAAUGAAGCUUCGACGGAGGCUACUGGAAGCGGACAGUCAUUUGUUGGGGCUGGAAUUGGAUGCAGAACGACAGCAUAUGGUUAUUUCUCACUGGCAAAGUCGGCAGGGCAAAUUGUACGAUCGGAUGGAUCUGGAGGAGGAUUCGGAUUCGGAAGGAAAUUCCGCACUGCGUUCGGCUUGGAACGAGUUAUCCGCUAUAGAGAAGGAGGUCAAACGGUUCAACGAAAUAAGGGCUUCAACCGAGCACGAGUUGGAGGAGUGCCGAAAGAAGGGAGUGGCUUUGGAGGAUGAAUUACCGGAGAGGAUCAGCAGUGACGAAGAACGUGAACUGCUGUCAUUGUUGUGUCGAGUUCAUGAGCUGGAAGCCGAUAAGGUUUCUCUGCAAGCCGAACGUUUGGCACGCCAAGCGGAACUGCGGCGACGGGAUUUGCAGUUGUUGCGAGCUGAGCGGCAGCGAAGACUUUGUGAAGAUAUCAUAAGCACUCAGAGAAGGAUAAUCGAAGAGGGUAGAGUAGAGCUUCCGGACGAUUUGCGUGAGUUGUACGCACUUUACCAGCAGGAAAUACACGCCAGCACGUACAGUAGCGGACGUCACACGGCUGGCCUCGGCAGCGGUGAGAACAAAUUGCCACCGAUUUAUUUCCGUGAGCGAGGCAUAAACUCACCCGGAAGCUCAAGCUCUGGCUCGGAAUGGUGCUCCUCGCCAAUGCCACCGGUCGAUGCCGAAGGAAACCUGAUCAAUCCGGACCGUGUGAUGGGUCCACCGGUGGGUUCCAAACUUCCCUCGAUCAAUCGUGUCCGCAGCAGCUUCGGCAGCACGCAAAGCACUUCAAGCGAUGAGUGAAAUCAAAAUAUUUAAUAUCAAAAACAAACCAAAAUAGUUUUGCUUUGUAGUUUCUUUCUCUACUAUCAAGAAUAAACUUUC